AUGUCGGAGCCUUUUCAAAAGCAUCGGCUAGAAGAAAAAAUUGAGUGGCAGAAUCCUGGACAUGUUUCACCUGGGCAGCAACAACAACAACAACAACAGCAACAGGAGCAACAACAAACACAACAACAGCAUCUGCAUCAACAGCAUAGCCAGCAUCAUCAUCAUCAGCAGCAGCAGCAACAACAAACAAUCCAACAAACUCAACAUCAACAGGAGCAAGCACAAGCGCAGCCUCAAUCGAAUCAACAAUCUCAGCAGCCCCAGCAACAGGCCCAAACGCAGCAACAGCCCCAACAGCAGCAACUGAUCGUCGAGAGUCCCAGGAGUGUGAUUCAGAGUCAUCGGCACGUACGAACGAUAACGACCUCAGGUCACAUAACGACCACUAUCGAGCCGACCACCGUAUGUUCGCCCGUGGAGACGGUCAAUGAGAUUGCCAUCGCAGUGACGCAGUCGCCCGGCGACGUCAAAGACGCUGCUACUCUGUACAGAGACGAGGCUCAGGCUCAGCCGACCCAGUUCCAGAUACAGCUGCAGCCGGUCACGUUGCACGAGCACGGCGCCGUAGACAAUCAGCACACUCAGCAGGUCAUCUUCACCACGUCCAACGUCGAGGAUUUGCACAUCAAAACGGAGGAUGGAACCGACGUGCAGUUGACGAUCGACGAUCAGCAUAGAUUUGAGGGAUUAGGCGACAAGCCUGUGACGUACAUAGUGCACGCUCCACGCCCAACGGCGGCAACUUACAGCCCGCCCAUCUCCAUGCAAUCGCAGCCACAGCAGCCGCAGCAACAAGCGCAACCUCAGCAGCAGCAGCAGCAGCAGCAGCAGCCACCCGCGCAGCGAGGUCAAAUCCUUCAGAACGUUCCUACGAGCGAUGCUUACGAAGUCCAGCAGCCGACCAUAGUGCAACAGUCGCAACACAUUGCUCAUCUCAGCCCUUCGAGUCAUCAGAGCUACUCGCCACCGAUCGAUGCGCAAAUGAGAUUGGUGCAGCAUCAGCAGCAGCAACAUCAUCAGCAUCAUCAGCAUCAUCAGCACCAGCAUCAACAACAACAAGCGCAGCAACCACAGCAUCAUCAUCCCCAUCCGCAGCAGCAGCAGCAGCAGCAGCAGCAGCAGCAGCAGCAGCAACAACAGCAGCAUCAUGCUCAAAUUGCUUACGUCGAGAACAACGGCCUGGUCAAGUACAGCGCUGAGGUCAACGUGGCUCCGGAGAGCAUGAAGGUAUCUUCGAGUACCUACACCACAUUGGAGUCCGUGCCGUUGACCACAGCUCAGACCCCCGUCUACAGCCAGUACAUCCAGGCCGAGUCGUUGACCCAGGGCCCCAGCUACACGUACUCCAAGCACGCGGAGCUCAUGUACUUGCCGCCAUCUAGUCAAGCCCCGUCUCGCGUAGAGAUGGAACAUGCCGCUGGUUUGUACAUCAAGAGCGACCCCACGCUGUCUUCGUCGUCGCUGAUGCGCACGGCACCGCUUCAGUACGAGCAGCCCGGAUCCCCGAGCCAGGUCAAUCUCUAUCCGGGCGCCCAGGUAUCCUAUCAGCUGAGCAAGCCCGGCCAGGACCAGUACUGGUCGGGCUCGCCGAGCUCCGACGGGCCCCAGGUCGGCUACGAGUACGUACCCGCGGGCUUCGUGCCCGGCAUCGGGGACACCGCCAGCGCCGCCGGUAUGCUGUACAACAGCGCGGCCGGCUACAUGAGCAACGGCGGUCCCGCUGGCUCGGCCGGCGGCUGGUCCACGAUGUCGCCAGCCGACCAAGCGUUCGAGCACCUGCCCCUGAGCAGCAUCGAGACCAAGGUCGCGUGCGCGAGUUGCGGCAGCAGCGGUUUGGGACUCUGGCGCAAGACGGGCAACGGAGGCCAAUCGAUCCAAGUUUGCGGCCAAUGCAAUUCCGCGGCGCCCAGGCAGCCGGCCCCGAGGGCCAAGGCCAAGGCAUCCGCACAAUCGCAAAACGGAACCAGGCGAGCAGGUGUUACGUGUGCCAACUGCAACACAGCUAACACGACGCUUUGGCGGAGAAAUAACAACGGAGACCCAGUCUGCAAUGCUUGUGGCCUAUACUACAAACUACACAACGUAAAUCGACCCAUGAGUAUGAAGAAAGAUGCAAUUCAAUCGAGAAAAAGGAAACCCAAAAAUCACAAUCAAAAUAACAACAAUCAUAAUGGAUUAUCUAAUAGUAUUAACAAACCUGAAAUAAAAAAUAUAAUAGGAGAGUCAUUGCGUUCUGCCGUAAGAACAGGAAAUUGAUCGGAUCAUCACUGUAGAUUCAUUAUUGGCCUUUUCGAUGCUGUUGGUGGUAGCAUAUUGAUCUUUUUCGCUACCUGAAAUGCUCAUUUAUUUGGGUAAAUGGACUGUGAUGAUUAUUGUAUAUAAGAAAGAUAUAAUAUAUGAUUAUGUUUAAUUAUAUAAUACAAUAUUUUUAAUUAUAAGAUUUUUUUGAAACGACACGUUAAGCCAAAUCGAAAAACGUGGGUUAUUGCUAUUUAUUAAAGUAUCAAUGCAAUUUUUGCUUGUAUGUAAAUAUUUUUAUGUAAAAAUUAACGAAUAUGUAGAGUAAAUUUAGUCUUUUUGUACAUAAGUUGUAAUAGUAGAUGUCUACUAAAUCUGUUAAAUCGAAGUUUAGAAAAAAACAGGUAUAGCAUUCAUAUAUA